AUGAUGCGCGGUGAUGUGCUUGAUAAGCCGCCAAAGGGUGACGGAGUUUUGCAUGGAUCGGAAGUUCGAUUCAAGGGUUCUCUGGGGAAACCGUUCAAGCGAUAUUUCGCGCACAAUCGAGCCGUCUCAAUGCUUCCAUUGCCUGGAGCUGAGGUGAAGAUGUGCGGCGAGAAGUUGAGCUUUCAGCUUCGAGUGGGAACAAGACGAUUGUAUACGAUCUCUGUCGAUGAUGAAACAACACAAGCAAAAUGGAUGGCCGUUUUGGAUUUGGCAGCGAAUGCGCAACUCAGCCAAUCAGACACCGAA